AUGGAGGAGUAUGCUAUGAUUCCCUGCAAGGGCUGCUCACCUUGGCAGGGGCUCCUGCUCACAGGGGCCUCCCUUUUAACCUGCUGGCACCUGACCACCACUGCCCAAGUCGCCAUUGAAUCAGUGCCGCCCCAAGUGGUUGAAGGAGAAGACGUCCUCCUACGUGUUCAUCAUCUACCAGACAAUAUUCUAGCCUUUGUCUGGCACAAAGGGGUGAGCAAUAUGACACUCUAUGCACUGGCCAAGGAUGGAAGUGUGACAGGGCCCGAACACAGUGGUAGAGAGACGGUGUACAGCAACGGAUCCCUGCAGAUCCGCAAUGUCACCCGGAAGGACACCGGAUAAUACACCUUCCGAACCAUAAAUGGACAAGUAGGUAUAGUAUCAACGACAACCAUAUACCUUCACGUGUACGAGGCUCCCACGAUGGUGCUGACAGACCCAGGGCCAGGACACAGCAAAGGGCAGACCCAGGCCUGCAGGCUUCCACCCAUUACAGCCCAGUUCUCUAUUGAGGCAAUGCCACCCAAUGUUGUUGAAGGGGAAAAUGCUCUCCUACUGCCUCGUAAUAUCCCAAAGAACCUUCGAGCCUUUUCCUGGUACAAAGGAGUAAUCAUUGUCAGCAGACAUGAAAUUGCAUGGAAGGAAAUAAUUACUAAGAAAACUUUGCUGGGGCCUGCACACAGCGGUAGAGAGAUUGUGUACUUCAAUGGAACCCUGGUGCUCCAAAACACCACCCAGAAUGACGCUGGAUACUACACCCUAAUAACCUUAAAUGCACAGUUAGAAACUCAAGAAACUCAUGUGUACCUCCACAUAUACAAACCUGUGACACAGCCCAUUAUUAGAGUCACCAGCACAACAGUUACAGCACAGAGCUCUGUGGUCCUCACCUGCCUCCCAGGUGAUACUGGAGUCUCCAUCCGUUGGAUCUUCAAUAACCGAAGUCUGCAGCUCACAGAGAGGAUGACAUUGUCCCCAACAAAGUGCCAACUAAGCAUAGAUCCUGUCAGAAUCGAAGAUGCUGGGGAUUAUCAGUGUGAGGUGUUCAACCCAGGCAGCUCAAAGACCAGUCUCCCAGUCAGCCUGGUUGUGAGGAAUGCCUGA